AUGGUGCCUCUCACCUCGGCCGGGAUCACCGUUGCAGGCCUGGUUUCCCUUUCCAAGUUCGUUGGCAAGCAUAUCGACAGUGUUCCCUCGACUAUUCUCGCCCUCUUUCAAUCCGUCAUCGAGGCAAGAACAGCUACCCAUGCCGCUUUUCAGCAGAUGACAGCCAGGACUCCGGACCCGGAUGUCGAGAAGAGCAAUACUUCUCACAUGCGCUUCAUCAAUGCCUUGAAAGAAUCGUUUGAUGCGCUUGGUGGUCGAAAAUGGAAGCCCAAUUCCUCGCCCGACGAGUCAGACCUUCUGGCCAACACCGAGCACGUCAAGGAAGAACUCGAUCGCUUGCUGGCCAACAAAUUCGGUGCUCUUGAGAUUCAACGGUCUCCAGAAGCCGACGAAGCCUCUGACCAGGAAGGACCUCAGGAAAUCCACAGCAACGUCUUGCGCCAACGGAAACAAACCAAGCCAGGCAAAGGCAAGAAGGGCAAAAAGGGGAAAGCCAAGAAGAGUUCAAAGCCCAAAACUGCGCCCGCCAAGGAAGACUCGGAAUCUCUCGAAGGUGUACCACUGGAGAGCUACCGCAUCAUUCAAGAUCAAGAUGGUAUUGUUACGGACUACCUUAUGGCUGUUUACGAUCUUAUCAAGGAAUGCAUGACCCUCCGAAACUACUUGCAAGGCAUCUGGCGCGAGGUGGCCUAUGACGGGCUCAAUAGCGCAGUAGCGGGUGCCCUUUCUAAUAUGGCCAUCGCCAUGGUUCAGCGCUCUGCAUCCGAGAUGUUUACCGUUAUGAAUACAAUUACCCGUGGGAAUGUGGAGAAGGCGCAGGGCAUGUUCCACGUCUUUCUAAUGUUCUUUGAGCCAGGUAGCGAUACCCCACAGAGAAAGGAAGAACAGGAGGUGGAUAUCAAGGAGCAGUUCCUGAUUAAUGCCUACCACGAUCUUCUUGAUUUCGUUACCGAUUUCCAAAAGACGCGAACGGGCAAGCCGACGAAGCGGAUGCUGGAAGAGAUCAGGAACUGGGAUCCCAACUUUGACCUGAGGCACGCUACGAAGGAAGAGCGUAUCAGAUGGCGUCGCUCAUAUACCAUCAACUGGCUCUAUGACCUGGUCAAUGUCUUUUCUUCCAUUGUAGUUCAGCGCAACACUUUACGGGGCGAGAAGCACGUAUAUGAAAAGGUUGACUGGUCUCCAACGGGCCCAUGGGCCCAGCAUCGGCGACUGUUUGGGCUAAAUGAGUUUGCUGGUUUCGUAACCUCUCUUGCUAUGCAGAAGCCUGGCACUGAUGUCCGAAACCGGAUUCUUCCCCAUCAUGUCUUCCAACUGCAAUGCAUCGUCGAUUCGCUGACCGUGACCAGGGGCUGGUCACAUCACCUCCUCAAGGGACAUGUUGUCGUUGCACCGCCGCCCAGCUAUAGGUUCCGUCCCCGUCGCGAUGUCGACUUUUUCUUGGAUCGCGAGGUUACGCGGGAUGGUCGAGGCAUUCUUCAAGCAUUCGACGUUCUAGAGCAGCUCUUUGAGAGAGAUGGCGCACUGCACGGAGAUAUGAGGCGGCAUGCGGCUAAUAACGAAAUUCUCGAGGGAUUUCAUCUUGACUAUAUGAAUUGGCUCGGCGAAUCCAAGUACAUGCAUGGUCUCAAUACCAUCCCUCCUUCUCGCUUUUCUCACACCAAUGCUAACGGGCUGUGGGAGUACUCGCCCUUCCUUUGCGGUACCGGUCUCGAAGAAGGUCUGGAGUUAGCGUAUAUAUCCGGAAUGACGAUCUGGGAUCGCCUCCCUGAGCCCAUGAUGCUGCUACACUUGCACAACAUGUUAGUUCAAGAAGGCUACAUCGAGAAGCCAGUCGGCCUAUUUGCAACUUUACAGGAGCUUUUCCCACAGUGUUUCUUUCCCGACGGAAAGCCGCCUGUUGCGAACUAUGAUAAGGCGUUGCAAACAAUGGUGGACAACCGUGGCUCCCCAAGGGAAAGGCAACAAGUAAGAAGGGUUGCUACCUCGGCAGCAGACAUCCAUGGGAUCUUGAACCCCAAAGUCAAUGACUUUCUCCGGAAAAAAUCCACUCUGGUUAUCUUACGCGAAGCGGGUUGGAACAUCGACCGCAUUCCCGAUGCCGAUGCAAAGCACAUUACUGAUCCUGUUACGGGCAAGAAACGGAUUGAGGAAACAGAAAUCACCAAGAGGGCCAAAGCCAAGGGCAUGAGCGAGGAAAACAUGUUCAACAUGGCGAAAACGAUCGAGGUUUUACGGGCCACGAAAAUGAAGGCUAACGAGAUCCCCGCCGAGCGGGUCGCCCAUGCCAUGGAGCCCGGUUACUCCCGCUUCCCUGAUCGGUCCGAUCCGCGCUCCACGCGUAAGGCGCGCAUGGCUGCCGGAGGUGAGUGCGUCGACUUUGCCGACCGCGACAUGCUCGAUUUCAUGAAGCUGGACAUCCAAUCCGACAUCUCGGGCGAGCGUCCGCUGUCGGCCCUGAACUUCCUUUGGGCGACCACGUUCUUCUACACGGUCUUCAUGAGGAUCGAGGAAGAGCUGGAGAAGAAGAGGAACCCACUUUGGGUGCGCGCGUACAAGGAGGCCCGCGGCCCGCUCGCGAAACAGAAGCGCCUGAGCCUGACGCUAUUGGCCAUGAUUGAGCAAGAUGAGGAAUGCUUGGAGGUCAUGGCUGAUAUUUUCACGAACCCGCGAGCAGGGUUUUUGCAGUUCAUUUACUGGGACGACAUCGAGUUCGUGGCUGAGAAGGUAGGAAAAGAUCCCCGGCCCCGGCCUAGGUCGGCUGCUUCGGGCGAUGUUGGCCCAGAUCUGGAUCAGUGUUUAGUCAUGUAGAUGGCUCAGCAUGUUCCGAGGUAUUCAGGGGGUAAAGAGAUAUCAGGGCAUUAAAUUUG